AUGGAGAUUAGCUUUCGCUUUAAUGAAACCGACGAACCUGUUAACAUUCAAGUUCCGGUUGGUGGUUCGUUUACAAUGACUGUUAAACCUGUUGGUGGCGGAUCAAACGUUAACGGAGCUAAUGUUCAUCCUCCAGCUGGUGGUGUUAAGGAGGAACAUGAAGCCCCUAACCCUUUGAAAACGGCUAACCCUAAGGUUUUCUUUGAUAUGACGGUGGACGGCAAACCGGCUGGUCGUAUCGUGAUGGAGCUAUACGCCGACACGACCCCUGUGACGGCGGAGAACUUCCGCGCUCUCUGUACCGGCGAGAAAGGCAUGGGGAGGUUUGGGAAGCCACUCCAUUACAAGGGAUCAAUCAUGCACAUGGUGGAUAUAGAUUAUACCUUGGGUGGAGGAGAUAUCAUUGACGGGAACGGAAAAACCGCAGGCGAAUCGAUCUACGAAGAUAGAUAUUUCAAGGAUGAGAACUUCAUCGUGAAACACAGCGGUCCAGGUGUCCUCACCAUGUGGAACUGUGCUCCGGACAAGAACGGAUCUCGUUUCAUGAUAUGCAUGACGAAGUGCUCGGAGUACGACGAGGAGUGCGUCGCGUUUGGCCAAGUUGUUGAAGGAUUGGAUGUGAUCACAAGCAUAAUGGAAGAGGUUGGAAAUCCUAGCCGCGCCGACAGGCCUUCCAAGCCGGUGGUGAUCGCCGAUUGCGGUCAGGUUUCAUAG